AGUAUAUUGUCAAAAUAAAAAUUCAAAAUUAUUUCCCUUUCAAAUAAAAUGUGCUUUUGCCCCACCCUUGGUCUUAAAAUCGGUCUUCUGAUUCUAAUACCUAUUACCGCAGGAUGUAAUGCUGCUCAAAUAGCAAAAGACGUUGCUGUGUGGAAUAUUGUGAAGGGUUAUCAUCAUACAAUUCUCAUUAUAAGCCUAACUAUGUCCGUGGUUAUCCUGCUGGCCCUUAUUGUGCUAACAUAUGCGACGAUCUGUACAAAGGUGCGGAUACUUUAUGCGAUGCUUUCUGUUUUUGUGGUAAACUGCGUGGUAAAGCUGAUCCUUCUAUUCGUGUGCAUAUCCACUGAAAUGAAACCGGAAAAGACGGCAGCCCAUACCUGGUUCAUGAUAUGCUGGUUUGUUUCGUUUUUCUGUAUGGCCUCCAUUAUUUUGUAUUGCAUCCGAUUACAUGUGCUAGCUAACGAUGCCGACUUUGCCGCCUAAACAGGGAUUGUAGUAUUCCAUGUUGCCACUUUAGAGCUUGAACAAUGUUGGGGAGCGUUUCCGUGCCCGAUUAUCAAGCGGAUCAGGGGGAAAAUCAAACGGACCGGCAAACCCUUUCAUGGAAUCUAAAGAUAUGUAUCGCUGUGAUCCUUCCCCUGUGGACGCUCGCCAUUGGUCUAAACUUUGUAAACAUUUAUACAUACCAUCUCCACCUGACAAGUAAUGAGGCUUGCUGGAAGUGUUUAUUCAAGACCUAUAUGGUCAUCGGGAUCGUUACUUCGGUUUCCAUUCUACCAGUGCUCUGUUUUAUCUUGCCAUUGGUGUUUUUACAAAAAGCCCGCGGAAUUCGCGUUUACGUGCCCUGCCUUCUUGUAUGCACGUUUAUGGGUUUUAUGGUGGCUGUAGUG